CGGAGGUGGAGGCCCAUGGGACUCCACGGAGCAUCACUCUCAGUGCUCAGUAGCCGCGACAACACUGUCCCAUCGGACGGAGAAUCGCAGAGUAAGUGAAGGAAGGAAGGAGAAUCAGAACAGCUGACGGACGCGCGCUCCCUCGAGCAAAGAAUCGAGACCAGCGGCGUGCAAGCCAUGAAAGGUCCGCGCGAAGGCCUGCCGCUCCUAGAUUGAACAACGAGAUCCCAAUGAAUGCAGCACGAGAUUGUGGCUGGAAGUCAGAGUCGGUGAUUGCUCCUUAGCUCCUUAAACUCUUGUUCGUGGGGUCAGGAUGCCUCGUGAACGAUCGGGUCGGAGAAUUUCGUGUUGAUUUCCUGCUUCAGCGAUGAAGAUGAUGAUGACAUGGUAGAGAAUUCCGCCGCCUAGGAGUUGUAGCAGAUCGGGCUUUCUUUUGAGGUGGCGAGACAGGGGAUUCGAUCUGAGAGCGGAAGGAGAGCCGUGGGAACGCUGGAAGGUUGAAAGAAAAUCCUCAGGCGUGACGGAGAAGGAUGGGGAGAUCAGAGGACUCUCGCAGACUUUUGUGGUCGCUUUUGUUCUUGACUUUGUUACCUUGUGUUUUAUCCAUCUACUGUGAUGAGGAUGAUUGCUACGACCUGCUCGGAGUGACACAGGCCUCAACAACCUCGGACAUCAAGAAAGCUUACUACAAACUCUCCUUGAAGCUUCAUCCAGACAAAAAUCCGGAUCCCGAGGCUAAGAAGCAGUUCAUCAAAGUAGCCAAUGCCUAUGAGAUUCUAAGUGAUGAGGCAAAACGUGAGCAGUAUGAUUAUGCCAUUGCUCAUCCAGAAGAGGUCUUUUAUAACACUGCUCGUUACUACCAAACAUAUUACGGGCCACAAGCUGAUCUGCGAGCUGUGCUGGUCGGGCUUCUAAUUAUACUUUCAGGAUUCCAGUAUUUGAACCAGUGGACUCAUUACAGUCAGAUGGUGGACAUGGUGAAACAAACACCAGCAUACAAGAACAAGUUGAAAGCUCUGGAGCUUGAACGAAAUGGUUCACUGUCAAGUAAAAAAAAGGGAUUCAAACCGAAAACUAGAGGAGUUGACGUCGAGGAACUCAGUAAGGAACUAGAGCUGCAAAUUCAGGGGGCUGAAAAGCCAACAGUGUGGAGACUACUCGGCAUCCGUUUCAUCUUGUUACCCUACACCAUCGGCAAGCUUGCAAUCUGGCAAGGACGGUGGAUUUGGAGAUACUGGAUACAGAAGCUACCGUAUACAUGGGAGGAUGCUGCUUAUUUGACGAAAUACCAUCUCCCCUUCCCUCCCGAAGCAUGGGCUACACUGAGUGAAGAUGGUAGGGAUGAUUUGAUCAGAAAAAGACUCUGGAUACGCUCCAAUUUGGACGAAUUCGUUGCGGAGAGGAAGAAAGAAUCAAGAGAGUCAAGACGACGAAGGAACUGAUCAUGGGCCCAUUAUUUAGGCCUGCCGGCAAGAAAUCAAUAUGUAGCUUUUAGCUGCGAAGUUGCUGGAAGUUUUCCUCAAUGUUCGUGCUUCGCCUAAGAAAGUGUGUCCUUAUACCGCAGCUACAGCUGCACUAAAUUUUGAUAGCAGUAAGCACAAGGCUUUCAGUAUUCUUUACUCAACACCAAUUUUUAACUUGCAUAAAGAGAAUAAGUAUCAUUCAAGGCGAAUGUACACAACAAUUUAGUAGGACAUGGCAUACUUCUGUUAAGUUUGUCUUUCAUGAGGAAAGCAGCAGCAGCAGCAGAGAGUAAUUUUGUCAACAUCAGACAAUAGAAUUUCUGUUCAGGUGACAAUCUGAUUCUUAUCUGUACAACAUCGUAACUUCCAUCGUAUCAUGGUGUUAUAAAGAUUGUACAUGCAUGGUUUAUAUGACA